UCCUUUCCUCGCGAUCGACCUCUAGCGCCGCGCCGCGUCCUUCCCCUCUUUCCUCGCGCCGCGGCCAUCGAACCCGCUGCGAUUCGCCGUGGCAAGCUCGACGCGCGCCGACGCGGCGGCACUCCUCGACCCCAGGGAGCCUUUCCCCCCUGCACCACCCGCCCUCCUGGCAAAUAACCUGGUGGAUACUCGUCGUCAUCGGAGCUUCUCAUGUUGGACCCAAGAUCCGAAAUCUACCCCACCAUAGAGUAUCGCCCCAUCCAGCCCUCCGACCUCGAGGUUCUUGAGAAGAUUCAUCUCUCGCUGUUUCCUAUAAGGUACGAGAGAGAGUUCUUCUUGAACGUUGUCAAUGGUAAUGGUGUCAUUUCGUGGGGUGCUGUGGACACUAGCAGAUCGGAUGAAGGCAGGGAUGAGCUGAUAGGCUUUGUGACCACGAGGAUGAUUGCAGCAAAAGAUAGCGAGAUCGAGGAUUUAUUUAGAUAUAACAACUCGCACAAAGAUCUAACACUUCUUUAUAUCCUGACGCUUGGUGUAGUGGAUAGCUACAGAAACCUCGGCAUAGCUUCUUCGCUUGUUCGAGAGGUGAUUAAACAUGCUGCAAGUGUAUCAAAUUGCAGGGGUGUUUAUUUACAUGUCAUCUCAUAUAACCAGCCUGCAAUUAACUUUUACAAGAAGAUGCUAUUUAAGCUAGUCAGAAGACUUCCGAUGUUCUACUACAUAAGAGGGCAGCAUUAUGACUCAUACUUGUUUGUGUAUUAUGUCAAUGGGGGGCGUACGCCUUGUUCACCACUCUUAAACUCGCAUAUUGGACUUUUGCCUCCUUCUGCAACUUUUGGUGUUGCCUCUCGUGAAUACAUUAUUAGGGAGAUUGUAACUUCAUUUGUUGUUGACUUCAGGGCUUUCCUAAAGAUGCUGGUUGGCAAGAUCUGGAGCAAAGAGGAAAAGAGUAUCCCGAGAUGGUCCCGUUGUAAGGAAUCAACCACUCUAUUGACCUCACAGAAUAAUAAUAGUAAUAAUAAAAGGAUCAUAGCUGCUGAAGAUUCAAGAUGUCAUGUGUAAUUUUUGGUGUGAGCGAUGCGAUGUUAUUGUUUUCGUGGAAACAUCAGCUCUUGCAAUGUUGUUGUACCCUUGCCAAUACAUUAACAAACCAGGUAUAUAAUUUCUGAGAUAGCCAUAGCCAUGUCUUGUAAAAAGAGGACAAUAAAAUGAAGAAAAUAAAUGUCACCUGCUUA